AGCUGCCGGGGGGACUCCAGCACCGCGCCCGGGCCAGGACCCGCCAUGGCGAAGUGGCGGAGGUGAGCGCCUAGAGGCGACCCUGCCCGGGGAACAGCUGGCGCGACCGCCGACAGAGCUUCCCACCACGCCCUUCCCCGCCUUUGGCCAGCCUUUGCCUCUUGUAGCUCCUUAAAGGCCGGGGCUGUCUUGAGCAGAGCUAACCUCUGCACCUACUAUAGGUCCAGGCUAUAGUAUGGACCUGGCUGGAUAAGACUGUUGGUAUCAUGAGUGGGACUUGCGCCAAGCCUCCGGAUACCCAGACUGUCAGAUGAGAACAAAUUCCUCAUGUCACCCUAAGAUACAUUUACAGCGGAGUUUUCUUUUGGGCCUUUGUUGUUGCGUCGCUACAGCGAACUUUACGGUGAAAAAAGGUAGGGGUCCUACGGGCAGCAGCCAGGGCAGCCCUGGAGCUGUCGCUGGAGUCCGAUCAUGUGAUCUUCAACAUGGCGACGCCCUUGGUUCCCUACAGAAAGGGGCGGAGCCUGGACUGGGGGGCAGGCUCAGAUUCAGGUUAAAUUGCGGAUUGAGCUCGCAGUUACAGACAGCUGACCAUGGAAGCGAAUGGGUUGGGACCUCAGGGUUUUCCGGAGCUGAAGAAUGACACAUUCCUGCGAGCAGCCUGGGGAGAGGAAACAGACUACACUCCCGUUUGGUGCAUGCGCCAGGCAGGCCGUUACUUACCAGAGUUUAGGGAAACCCGGGCUGCCCAGGACUUUUUCAGCACGUGUCGCUCUCCUGAGGCCUGCUGUGAACUGACUCUGCAGCCACUGCGUCGAUUCCCUCUGGAUGCUGCCAUCAUUUUCUCCGACAUCCUUGUUGUACCCCAGGCACUGGGCAUGGAGGUGACCAUGGUACCUGGCAAAGGACCCAGCUUCCCAGAGCCAUUAAGAGAAGAGCAGGACCUAGAACGCCUACGGGAUCCAGAAGUGGUAGCCUCUGAGCUAGGCUAUGUGUUCCAAGCCAUCACCCUUACCCGACAACGACUGGCUGGACGUGUGCCGCUGAUUGGCUUUGCUGGUGCCCCAUGGACCCUGAUGACAUACAUGGUUGAGGGUGGUGGCUCAAGCACCAUGGCUCAGGCCAAGCGCUGGCUCUAUCAGAGACCUCAGGCUAGUCACCAGCUGCUUCGCAUCCUCACCGAUGCUCUGGUCCCAUAUCUGGUAGGACAAGUGGCGGCUGGUGCCCAGGCAUUGCAGCUGUUUGAGUCCCAUGCAGGGCAUCUUGGCCCACAGCUCUUCAACAAGUUUGCACUGCCUUACAUCCGUGAUGUGGCCAAGCAAGUGAAGGCCAGGUUGCGGGAGGCAGGCCUGGCACCAGUGCCCAUGAUCAUCUUUGCUAAGGAUGGGCAUUUUGCCCUGGAGGAGCUGGCCCAAGCUGGCUAUGAGGUGGUUGGGCUUGACUGGACAGUGGCCCCAAAGAAAGCCCGGGAGUGUGUGGGGAAGACGGUGACAUUGCAGGGCAACCUGGACCCCUGUGCCUUGUAUGCAUCCGAGGAGGAGAUCGGGCAGUUGGUGAAGCAGAUGCUGGAUGACUUUGGACCACAUCGCUACAUUGCCAACCUGGGCCAUGGGCUUUAUCCUGACAUGGACCCAGAACAUGUGGGCGCCUUUGUGGAUGCUGUGCAUAAACACUCACGUCUGCUUCGACAGAACUGAGUGUAUACCUUUACCCUCAAGUACCACUAACACAGAUGAUUGAUCGUUUCCAGGACAAUAAAAGUUUCGGAGUUUAA